CAAAAAGUAGUUAGAAAAUGAAGCUUCACCCUAAAUUCAACAUACAAAGCUAAAUGGUAAAAUCUCUCUUUUAUUAUAGCAACGUCAUCUCCUUCUAUCCUCUAUAAUGCUAAACUUGUAACUCUUCUCUCUCUCCCACAUCAUCUUGCAACUUGCAGAGGGAUAGUAAAAAUGGGAGAGAAUUGUUUUUUUGUGUUUUUGAGGAAGUAAAGCUUGUGGGAGAUUGGAAGAGAAAGAGAAGGUCUGUAAGUUGCUGCAAUGCCAGUUCCUCUUGCUCCGUAUCCAACUCCUCCAGUUCCAUUUACACCUCCUCCUCCUCCUGCUAAUGGCUUAGGUGCACAGAACCAGCUUGUAUGUUCUGGAUGUCGAAACCUUUUGCUCUAUCCAGUUGGGGCGACCUCUGUGUGUUGCGCUGUUUGCAAUGCAGUCACUGCUGUGCCACCACCAGGCACUGAAAUGGCCCAGUUGGUCUGUGGGGGUUGCCACACCUUGCUUAUGUACAUCCGCGGAGCAACAAGCGUUCAAUGUUCUUGCUGUCACACUGUCAAUCUAGCCUUGGAAGCAAAUCAGGUUGCGCACGUAAAUUGUGGGAAUUGCAGGAUGCUAUUGAUGUACCAAUAUGGAGCGCAAUCUGUGAAAUGUGCUGUUUGCAAUUUUGUGACAUCAGUAGGGGCAUCGACAAGCAACCCAGAGCAGAAGUUUAAUAAUAAUUGAGACUACUUCACAACCAACUUGGCAAUUACAGAUUGUAAGAUUUCAGUUUUGUGUAUUAAAAUAUCCGUGAGGAUUGCGUAUCCCAGCAAAAGCAGAGGAGAGGAUGUUCUGUCUAGUCAUCUGUAUAGAGUUAGUUUUUUCCCUUGCGUGAUAUUUCAAUGAAUAAGAAGUUUUGGAUGGAUGAUGAAUAGAUAAAUGUAUGAGAAAGACUUUUAGGUGGUGAAUGGAUGUAUUUGGAAAUCUUAAGGAUAAGAAGAACUUCAAUUUCAUUUUUA